AUGCGACCAACAACCCCGACUCCGGUCUCCAACUGGAGCAAAUCUCCUGCGCCUUUUGAUGCGGACGACGACAGGAACGGUUGCACAAGUCCGGUUGGCCUCCGAUUCGCAUGCGGAAGCAAACGACUUGAGGCGGUAGGAAAACUCCGCCGUGUCUCCAAAGACGAGCGCCGUUUCGCACCGCCGCAAGCCCGUAACAUGGCGCUGAAGAAACCGGCUUGGCUCUUAUCUCUCACCAAGGAACGCAACGGCCAUGCCCUGGAACGUCACGGUGUCCGCCAGCCCGAUGAACGAACCGACAUUAGCAAACGACAGCUGUUGCCGGCAGGCAGUCAUUGCCGGCGUCCAGGAUUAGAUGCGGGACGGAACCCACGGAAAUUGGCUUAUCGAUACCUUGCCGCACCUCACCUCACCGAGCGGCGAGACGAGAUCCUCAGCUCGACGAUUGAGGCGCAGACCGCGCAGUGCGUUUGCGGGUCGAUCGCCUUACCUCUGCCUGUCUUGCCCAAGCCUUGGAUCGCCGAGGACGACGCCCAGAGACAAGCAAACACUUGGCAGGACAACGUUCCAAGUGCUCGUGGCCGAGCCUCAUCGGAUUGCCCUGACACCAUGUUCCACGAUUAUGGCCGAGCGCUCGUUCGUGAAUGCACCCCCUUCCCCCCAGGUCGUUGGCGACGGUGA